GGAAAAGGGUGCAGCAUGCUCGCGGCAGUCGGGAGCCUCCGGUGCCUCCGCCUGGGGCUCAGCGUCCGCUGCUUCCCGGGAGAGCCUCCAAAUGCCGCGCGGCGUCUGUUCGCAGCUCUGCCGCCCGGGGGCCUCCCCCGCUACUCCAGCAGCGGGGCCCCAAGCGACUCUGGACCCGAAGGUCCCGGGAAGGUUCGCAGGGCUUCCGCCGAACACAGACUUUCGCAAUUCGACAAGAAAAUCCUGUUGUGGACCGGGCGUUUCAGAUCGAUGGAGGAGAUCCCUCUUCGGGUCCCGCCAGAAAUGAUAGAUGCUGCAAGAAACAAAGCUCGGGUGAAAGCUUGCUACAUAAUGAUUGGGCUCACAAUUAUUGCCUGCUUUGCAGUGAUUGCAUCAGCCAAAAGGGCUGCAGAACGACAUGAGUCCUUAACAAGUUGGAACUUGGCAAAGAAAGCUAAGUGGCAUGAAGAAGCUGCAUUGGCUGCACAGGCUAAGGCUAAAUAAUGUUCUGAGUGACCGUGUUCACUUGAAUAUCAUUACCAUUAUCAGCAACAAUAAAAGAUAAGCAAAAUAUUUAACAUAUCUGCUAUGGUUUUAUUUUGGUGAGUUUUUUUUUUAAGUAAACAUUUUAUUAAACUAUGAAACGUAAUUCAGAAAAGCACACAGUCUAUAUAUACACUGUGAUAGAUUUUGACAAAGUGAAUACACCUGUGUAGCUACUGUCCAGGUCAAGUUGUAGAAUAGCAACAGGACCUCAGAUGCUU